AUGGCAAACCACUCAAGAAAAGGGCAUUAUUGUUAUACACACUCUAUAGCGAAAGGCUUAGAGUUUGUAAAGCAUGGAGGGAUACCAUUGGCAAAACAUUGCAAGUACGUAGGUUGUAGAAAGCUGACCGCUUAUCGUCCACCAAAGGAUCAUUCUCAUGUUCGGAUCGCUUCGGUACAACGAAGGUCUUCCGUAGAUGAGGCAUUACCCCACCUCGAGUUUCAUCCGAUUGGAGCAUCAUUGGCUAUCUUUCAACCAGAUUAUUUGACUAUCAAAGAGGGAAUUUACCGAGGGCCUAUGUCCAAAGGAUCUAUAUAUAAAGGUCUCCAUGCGGUCUCUAUAUAUGGCAUUGAUGAAGAAAAUGGAGAAACAAUCGUAUUAGUAAAAUCUUCUCAUGGCGAAGAUGUGGGAAGAGAUGGUUAUUUUAGAGUUUCUUUAGAUAUCAUGAUGAUUGAGGUUCCAUGGGAAGGACAAGAGGCUCAUCCCAAUUUUAAACGCCCAACCAAACUACUCACUGGAUUUUGCUUCCCUCGAGAACAGGAACUGAAGUAG